AAAGAUUAUAAGAUCUACAUAUCUAUGUUAUGUAGCAAUCUAUGUUGUGUAGUUGAUCGUUCAUAUAUUUGAUGCCAUACUGCAUAAUAACACCAAGCUUAAAGCGGAGCAGCGUUGCACUUACAACAUUGUUGUGCUGCUCCGAUCGUGUAUCAGACAUACGAUUUAAUAGAAUAGACCAGACUAUUACGUUUAAUGACACGUUGAAAGGUGGAAUCAAUACUUUCAAGGUUACAGUUUCACUCUCUAGGGUAGUAACAGACAUUUCAGUGGAAUCAUCAUCGUAUAGCGUUGGUUUAACUUUAGAACGAGUUGCAUCUACUCAAUUAUCUGUAUCGGAUGAUUCUAAAAACAAGGAAUCAACCAUUAUCGAUGCUUCAACUUCGUUAGAACAUGUUAGUGGCCCUGUCAACUUGUUAGGGAAUAGCUCAAUCAUUGCAAGUACAACGGGUUCUACGUCGGUACCAUGUCAUUUUAAAAAUAAUAGUGAAUAUUUAAGAUCAGUAUCAGGUGGUUAUUGUGGAUUAAGCGAUAUUGCAAUACAGCGUGAUACCAAAUCGUUAGGUGGCCGUUCGAUUUGCACGAAUUCAUCUACCGUAUCAAAUACGCUAGUAACUCUUGAAGUUAAAGAUACUAUACCGGAUACGUCUGGAAGAUCGUUAUCCCUGUUAAACAACUCUAAUUCAUUGGGUAAUAUCAUUUGUCCUACAGCUGAUCAUUAUUUCACAUGUUUACUGGAUCACAUUGUCAUUCCAGUUCGUGACUUUGUUAUAUUGAGCCCAUAUCUAUACUCUGUUAGCGCCCAUAUUGGACGAGAGGGUGUUAUAUUACUGUCAUUUAACUUGCGCGUGAGGCUUGGUAACGUAUCAUUAUUUGAUUUAGGCCUUGCUUCUUUGUAUAAAUCUGGUUCUCAAUUACGUGUCUCCACACAUAGUAGCUUAUCUGUACACUGCAAAGGUUGUGGCAGGUUUGUUCAUAAAGUGGCUGAUGCAAAGUUAGUCCCUCUGCCCACCGAUAUCUUCAACAGUAGUAGCGACGCGACAUUUUGUGAGGAAUGCGAGCUUGACAUACCAUCGGAUACUAUAUCUUUAUGCCAUUCUCCAAGUAUAGUGUACCACAGUGAGGAGUUUGUGACACUCUUUAUUCCACCUGCAUCCGAUCCAUUGCCAGUACGUUGCAACACCUGUGACCUUCAACUUGGUCAUUAUCGUGUUGGCAAAUUGGAAUACGUGGAUUUUUAUAAAUCACACAUUAGUCUAUAUUCUGGAGACAGUGAUAAAGACAUAUUUUGGCGCCAUUCUCCCUUGUCCGACUUUAUAGAAUCGCUACAAUACAAUUCCCAGUCUAGGUUAUAUAUAACUUCUGAAGGCAACGAUAAAACACUUUUUACGGGGUGUGAGUUAGAAGUUCCCCUGGUUUGUCUUGAAAUUAUCAAGAUAUGCUCAACUCCGGAUACCUUUGUCACAAGUGCCUUCGGUAUUUUAAAAGCUUCAAGGAUAUUGUGGAGAUUUGUUCGGGAGUUUGGUAAUCCACUUAUAAAGUGCAACCCGGUUACUUUUGAGUUACUUCAUGAGCGUUUGUUAUAUUUUUCUCAGGAGUUGGACCCUAACAGUGGCUACCGUCCAUCGUUGUUGGUCUCUUACUAGCGAUGGAUGU